AAGAAGAAGGGUCUGUGGAGACAGUCAGCCGGGGGAUUUGUAAGUUGUCAGACCAACUCUCUUCUCGAGCCAUAACUAGUUAGAUAACCUCUCCGUUUAGUCUGAGUUGAGUAUCCCGUAAACACUGUUUAUCGAUCCGACCGCUGAGUUUAAAAUACCUGUGGAGGUUUUGUGAAAAAUGCCUUGCGAGAGGAAGCCGAUGCGCUACGGCCACUCGGAGGGACACACCGAGGUCUGCUUCGAUGACUCCGGGAAGUUCAUUGUGACGUGUGGGAAUGAUGGGGAUGUUCGGAUAUGGGAGGGUCUGGAUGAUGACGAUCCAAAGUUCAUCACUGUCGGGGAAAAGGCGUACUCUCUCGCACUCAAGAACGGCAAGUUGGUCACAGCCAGCUCCAACAACACAGUGCAGAUCCACACGUUUCCUGACGGCGAUCCAGAUGGCAUCCUGACCCGGUUCACUACCAACGCCACACAUGUCGUCUUCAACAGCAGCGGCUCCAGAGUCGCUGCCGGAUCCAGUGACUUCAUGGUUAAGGUGGUGGAGGUGUCGGACAGCAGCCAGCAGAAAACACUCCGGGGCCACGAAGCGCCCGUCCUCAGUGUCACCUUUGACCCUAAAGAUGACUUCCUGGCGUCUGCCAGCUGUGACGGCUCCGUCGUGGUAUGGAAUAUCGAGGAGCAGUCUCAGCUGAUCAGUUGGCCUGUGCUGCAGAAGACCAAUGACAUCAGCAAUGCAAAGUCUCUGUGUCGGCUGGCCUGGCAGCCCGGGACGGCAAAGUUUUUAGCAGUUCCUGUAGAGACGAAGGUGCACCUGUACGAGCGAGGGUCCUGGGACCACGUGAGCACUCUGUCCGAUGAUCUUCAGACACAGCUCAUCAACGUGGUGGCUUGGUCUCCGUGUGGGCAGUUCCUGGCAGCUGGCAGCGUGGGGGGUUCACUAACAGUGUGGGAUGUGAACAGCAAGCUGUGUGUGGAAAGGCAGAAGCACGAGAAGGGCUUCACGGUGUGCAGUUUGGCCUGGCAUCCGUCCGGCAGCCAGAUCGUCUACACAGACACAGAGGGCUGCCUGGGCCUGCUGGACGGACUCAGCACCUCCACAUCUAACACCAACACCACCAAGCAGGCACCAGCAAAAAAAGCAGCCAAAGACUACGACGACCUGUUUGAUGAUGAUGAUGAUGAUAGACUCAUGGAUGAAGGGCUGAGUGAGACCAACUCUCCGGUGAAGAAACCCAUCACCGGGGACGACGACGACGACGAUGAUGAUUUCCUCAUGCCUGCAACAGGGCGGGUGAGGAACAGAGGGGCGAUCCUGGAUGAUGAGAACUCACUGGACACUGGAUCGCUGAAGCUCGGUCAGGACAAAUUCGGGGACGAUGACGACACGGGCAGCGUCGUAGUUCCUGCAGCUGCCCCGCUGGUGCCCAUGCGUCCCGUCUAUGAGGGACCCAUGCCAACGGCGCCCCAGAAGGCCUUUCAGCCGGGCUCCACCCCUGCACACCUCACUCACCGCUUCAUGAUGUGGAACUCUGUGGGAAUAGUUCGAGGCUACAACGACGAGCAGGACAACGCCAUCGACGUGGAGUUUCACGACACGGCCGUGCACCACGCCAUGCACCUCACCAACUCGCUGGGUCACACCAUGGCUGAUCUUUCCCAGGAGGCCGUGCUGCUGGCCUGCCCCAGCACGGACGAGCUCGCCAGUAAGCUCCAGUGCCUCCACUUCUCCUCGUGGGACACCAAUAAGGAGUGGAUGGUGGACCUGCCGGAGGGCGAGGACGUGAGGGCGCUGUGUCUGGGUCAGGGCUGGGCGGCGGUCGCCACCAGCGCGCUGAUGCUCCGACUCUUUUCCAUCGGCGGAAUCCAGAGAGAAAUCUUCAGCCUGCCGGGGAACGUGGUCUGCAUGGUCGGACACGGAGAGCAGCUGCUCAUAGUCUACCAUCGGGCUCCAGGUUUUGAUGGGGAACAAGCUCUGGGUGUUCAGCUGCUGCAGUUUGGUCGAAAGAAGAGGCAGCUCAUCAACGGGGAACCCCUCCCGCUGUCUCUCCAGUCCCACCUGUCCUGGCUCGGAUUCACUGCUGAGGGUACCCCGUGCUAUGUGGAUUCGGUCGGGGUGGUCCGGAUGCUGAACCGCUCGCUGGGCAACACAUGGACGCCAGUGUGUAACACCAGAGAGACCUGCAAAAGCAAGUCCGACCACUACUGGGUGGUCGGAAUACAUGAGAACCCUCAGCAGCUCAGGUGUAUUCCAUGUAAAGGCUCCAGGUAUCCUCCGACGCUGCCCAGACCUGCUGUGGCCAUCCUGCCCUUCAAGCUGCCUCUGUGUCAGACCUCCACAGAGAAAGGACAGAUGGAGGAGCAGUUCUGGCGUUCAGUCCUCUUCCACAACCACUUCAGCUUCCUGUCGUCCAGCGGCUACGAGAUUGACGAGGAUGGACAGAGUCAAACCCAGAAGGAGCAGCAGGAGCUGCUCAUGAAGAUGUUUGCACUGUCCUGUAAGCUGGAGAGAGAGUUUCGCUGCGUGGAGCUGGCGGAGCUCAUGACCCAGAACGUGGUGACUCUGGCCAUCCGAUAUGCGUCCCGAUCCAGACGCAUGGCCCUCGCCCAGCGGCUCAGUGAGAUCGCCCUGGAGAAGGCCAACCAGAUUCAGGAAGAAGAGCCAGAGGAACAGGAAGAGGAGCCAGAAUACUCCGGCGUCAGACGGACCUCUGGGUACGGCCAGAGUGAGGUCACGGGAGAACGUCGCAGCAACAGACGUGAUCGGGAGGAGGAAGAGGAGCAAGCAGAAGAGCUCAGGGAGGAAGAGGAGGAUGGACAGGAGAUGGAGACAGAGGAGGCAGCUGAAACUACAAAACGUGUGAAUCCCUUUGCUAAAGAAGCAGUUUCUUCUGUGACGCCAUCUCUGACACCAAUUGGCAAAGUAGGACGUGCGAAUCCUUUCAAGGUCCUCGGCUCGGGGAAGCCCUCGUCUUCAUCAGGUCUGCCUCGAGUGACAAACAUCCUGGACAACAUGACGUCCAGCAGGAAGUCGUCUCCGCUCAGCAGAUCUGCAGGGAUACCAAGCAAAGGCCCCGUCCUCAAACCGCUUGCCCCCAGGCCCAAAACAAAGACUCAGUCCACUCUGCUGCAGAUGAAUGGCACGAAGGCGGCCAGUAAGAAGACUCCGGAGAACACACAGCCGGCUGCAGAUCAGCAGAAACAACCAGAGGUCCCGCCUCCAGCUUCUCCUGCAGACAACACCGAAAAUAACAGGCCGAAGACGGGCUUCCAGUUCUGGCUUGAGGAGAACAGGAAGAGUAUCACAGCUGACCAGCCAGACCUGGAGGAGACUGACAUCAUCAAAGAGGCAAUGGGGCGCUUCAGGACGCUGUCAGCAGAGGAGCGACUGUCGUGGACAGAAAGAGCAAAAGGCCAAACUGGAGACGCAGCCGAUCUGAAGAAGAGGAAGAGAGCCGGAGGAGGUGCGGAAAAUGACAAUGGACAGGUGGAAGCAGAUGAAAAUAGUUCCAAGAAGAAGAAAUCUUUGGAUCCCUCCUCAAAGCUUUCGGCAUUUGCUUUUAACAAAAACUAAAUAUUUUUAUGUAUUUUUUUUUUUGUUCAGAUUUAUGUGUGACAACUGUAAAGUCUGUUUGCUGUGUUGAUGAAUACGUUCUCUGUUCUUUGAGGCACUUAAUCAGAACAUUUUAAAGCUCUUAAAAUGCCUUCAGAGUUAGUGAUGGAUCAGAUGGGUGUUCAUCAAUUAUGGAGCAUCCUUUGCUUUGAUUUUUCAUUUAUAACAUUUCUAAAAAAAA